AUGAACAUUGCAUCUGAAUGGAUGCUUCUUUUCCUUGCUUUCUUCAUUCCUCUUCAACUCCCAAGCUUGUUAGCCUCUACUGAUACAGGUUACAUAAACAUAGAUUGUGGGGCAGAGGAGGCCUACACUGACAGUGACAGCAAUAUUGCUCAACACAUUGAGAAGCUCCCGGACGGAGUUAGGAACUGCUAUACCCUCACUCCCAAACAGGGUAAAAACAACAAGUAUCUAGUUAGAGCUUUCUUUGCUUACAGAAACUACGACUUGAAGCACACGCCACCUUCUUUUGAUGUGUAUCUUGGCGUGAAUCAUUGGAACACUAUUGAGUUUGGGGAUCUCUACAUGUAUUUUCCCAUUGAAGUCACUCAUUUUGCUUUGUCAGAUACCAUAAGUGUGUGUCUUGUGAACAUUGGAAAAGGGGUUCCUUUCAUUUCGUCCUUGGAACUCUGGCUUCUUACUGAUUCUACUUAUCGAACCUCCAGUUCGUUUCCGCUGGAUAUCUUGACUCGGUCAACCUUUAGCAUGUCUGAAGAUACCUUGUUCGUCAGGUUUGAAGAUGAUGUGUAUGAUCGUGUGUGGUUUAACAGAAUAGUCGGCAAUUCAAAGAAAAUAUCCACAUCAGCAACUAUUGAUUCUUAUGGAAUAGAAAAUACUAACAAGCUGCCAUCACAAGUAUUGAAGACUGCAAUACAGUCUCUGAGUCUCAACUCUUCCUUGGAAAUCUACUUCAAUAACCAUACUGAUAGUUCACACGUGUAUUAUAUCAACCUUUACUUCUUUGAAUUUGAUCAGCGUGUAACAACUCAGAAAAGGAUCGUGGAUGUUACUUUCAAUGAUAAAAGCAUCCUCACAGAUCCCUUUACUACACAACAUCUGAAGCUCGUCACAAUUGUUCAGAAUAUCACACAAGCAGACCAUCUUCGUAUUUCGAUCAAAGCCACCCCAGAAUCUGAUUUGCCAGCCAUGAUCAAUGCCUUUGAGGUUUAUAGAGUACUAAGCCUGACUAAUUCAGCAACUUAUCAAGAGGAUGCUGAUACUAUUCUGAAAAUCAAACAUAUUUAUGGUAUCCCCAUCAUAAAUUGGCAAGGGGACCCAUGCAUUCCAAACCACUUUGCUUGGGAAGAGCUUACUUGCAGCUCUGAUGGCACUCCAAGGAUUAUUUCACUGAACUUGAGCUCAAGGGGACUAACAGGGCCGAUAGAUGUUUCCUUUUCAAGAUUCUCUGAACUACAGUCCUUGGACUUAUCAUACAACAAACUGACUGGAGAAGUACCAGAAUUUCUUGCACAGCUAUCAAAUUUGAAAUUCCUAUUGGAAAGAAAUCCAGGUCUUUGUCUGGCCAGAUCAUGCAAGACAAAGAAGAAUCUUGUUCCAUUAAUUGCAUCUAUUGCAGCAUCCGUGGCAGUUCUAGUAAUGAUUGUCCUUACUUUCCUGAUGAUCCGGAGAAUCAAAAAGAAAAACGGAGUAUCUAAGAAAGAUUGGCAAGAGAAAUCAGACAAAUACGUAUUUUCUUUAAGGGAUGUUAAUAGAAUUACCAAUAACUUCAAAACUAAAAUUGGAAAAGGAGGAUUUGGAGAAGUUUACCUUGGUACUAUGCAAGAUGGUAGAGAUGUUGCUGUCAAGCUACUUUCUCAGACAUCAAGGCAAGGGGAUAGGGAGUUUCACUCGGAGGUAAAUUUGUUGACUAUCGUUCACCAUAAAAACCUGGUUUCUUUUGUGGGGUAUUGUGACGAAGGUGACGUGAAAGCAUUGAUCUAUGAAUAUAUGGACCAGGGGAAUCUGCAAGGGCUAUUGUCAGGUAGAAAUCCAAAUGUCUUGAAGUGGUCAGAAAGACUUCAAAUUGCUGUGGAUGUUGCACUUGGAUUGGACUAUCUGCAUAACGGUAUUAGGCCACCAGUAGUUCAUAGAGACUUGAAGACUUCCAAUAUUUUGUUGAAUAAAAAGAUGCAAGGCAAGAUUUCUGAUUUUGGACUCUGUAGACCUUUCAUAAAUGAAAAUGACGCUCAUAUAUCAACCAUACCAGCAGGCACAUUUGGCUAUCUUGAUCCCGAAUUUCAAAGAACUGGAAAGUUGAACAAAAAGAGUGAUGUCUACAGUUUUGGGGUAAUUUUGCUGGAGCUGAUCACAGGGCAACGUCCUAUAAAAGAAGAGGCAUCACUUGAAAACAAGGGUCACUUGCUUCAUUGGGUUAAUCGUAAACUUAAGAAUGGAGAUAUUAAAUCUAUAGUUGAUCCAAGGUUACGAGGAGAAUAUAAUACAAGUUCAGCUUGGAAAUUUAUAGAGACUGCUAUGGGCUGCGUUCCACCUAAAGCGAUCCAAAGGCCUGACAUUAGUGAAGUAUUAAGUGAGCUGAAGAUCUGUUUAAACUUGAAUCAACAACAGACCCAUACUCGUGAAAGAUCAGAGACAGAGAGCAGCAGAAGAAAUCCCAACAAUUCAUUGGAUAUGGGCUCUCUGAACUCACUGGGUAUUGAAUCAACAGCAGGCCCAUAUGCUAGAUAA